UCCUCUUCCACUGUCUCUCCUUCCCAAAUCCUCCUCCCUCCCUCCUUCCCACUCAAAAAAAAAAAAAAAAACCCGCAUCCUCUCCUCCUCUCCAACUCCAAUCCCCACCACCUCGCGUCACGCCGAUCACCUCCUCCUCCCCUUCCGGUGGAUCCCCGCGGCGGUUUCGACAAGUCCCGCGUCGCCGUCCGGUGUGGAGCGCCGUCGCGGCCGGUGGCCUGUAAGGUGCGGUGUUGUUGCUGGUGAGAGGUUACUGGGUUUUGCCGCGAGCGAGGUGCGUAGCCGCUCGCCUGCGUUUCGCGCGCUGGGUCUUAUCACUUUGGAGGCUUCUAGAAGAAGGUUUCUGGAGUUUUCUGGAAACUGCGCUGUGAUGCCCCCGCGACUGCGAGAAAGUGUCUCCAAGUUUGUGACACAGGCGUGAUUCUGCUUGUAGGCUGGGGUUUUGCAUUUUGGAGCCGCGGUGGUCUCGGCGGAAGGCAUGGGCUAGGCCCCCAGCACGGUUUCCAGGUGAUUGAUUGGUGGAUAGAAUUGUUGCCUGAGAGCAGCAAGGUUUGGGCGUGGUGACUGGAAGCAAUCACGAUGACGUCAUUGUCACGAACUCUAUCCCGGGGAGGGCCAAUGCAGCCACCGGGGCAGCGGCGCAUCCUCAGAACGCAGACAGCGGUAAACCUGGGCGAGCAAAUCUUUGACAGUGAGGUGGUGCCAUCAUCGCUUGUUGAGAUCGCGCCCAUCCUCCGUGUUGCCAAUGAGGUCGAGGCGUCCAAUCCCCGGGUUGCAUACCUCUGUCGAUUCUAUGCAUUUGAAAAGGCUCACAGGUUAGAUCCAACUUCAAGUGGCCGGGGUGUCCGGCAAUUCAAGACGGCUCUUUUGCAACGGCUUGAAAGGGAGAAUGAACCCACCUUGAGAGGAAGGGCCCGCAAGAGUGAUGCACGGGAAAUACAGGCCUUCUAUCAACACUAUUAUAAGAAAUAUAUUCAAGCACUUCAAAAUGUCUCCGACCAAGUGGAUCGUGCUCAACUUACCAAGGCAUACCAGACUGCUAAUGUUCUAUUUGAGGUUUUAAAGGCAGUCACUCAACAGCAUUCUGUUGAAGUUGACCAUGAGAUCUUGGAAGCCGCUGAUAAAGUUAAAGAGAAGACAAAGAUAUAUCUCCCUUUCAAUAUACUCCCUCUUGAUCCAGACAGUGGCAAUCAAGCAGUCAUGAAAUUUCCUGAGAUCCAAGCUGCCGCUGUUGCUCUUCGCAAUACUAGAGGUCUUCCAUGGCCCAAAACUUAUGAACACAAGGUUAACGAAGACCUCUUGGACUGGCUACAAUCUAUGUUUGGUUUUCAGACAGACAAUGUUUCCAAUCAGCGUGAGCAUCUGAUUUUACUUCUUGCUAACGUACACAUACGACGAAAUCCAAAGACUGAUCCACAAUCAAAGUUGGAUGAUAACGCGCUGAAUGAAGUGAUGAAAAAGUUGUUUAAGAACUACAAAAAGUGGUGCAAAUACCUUGAUCGCAAGAGUAGCCUUUGGUUGCCAACAAUUCAGCAGGAGGUGCAACAACGUAAACUGCUUUAUAUGGGUCUGUACCUUCUUAUCUGGGGUGAAGCUGCAAAUUUGCGAUUUAUGCCGGAAUGCAUUUGCUACAUAUACCAUCAUAUGGCAUUUGAAAUGUAUGGUAUGCUAGUUGGAAAUGUGAGUGCCUUGACGGGUGAAUAUGUGAAGCCAGCCUAUGGGGGUGAGAAAGAAGCCUUUCUGAAGAAAGUUGUUACUCCAAUUUACCUCACCAUUGCAAAGGAAGCUGAAAGGAGCAAAAGAGAAAAAGGAAAUCAUUCUGAGUGGAGAAACUACGAUGAUCUAAAUGAAUAUUUCUGGUCUGCUGAGUGCUUUCGGUUAGGUUGGCCUAUGCGUGCGGAUGCUGAUUUCUUUUGUCAACAUUUAAAUUCACCUGAUCAAAGAAAUGAAACCACAAGAACUGAAAAGCAGAAAGGAAAGGUCAACUUUGUUGAGCUACGCUCCUUUUGGCACAUAUUCAGGAGUUUCGAUAGAAUGUGGAGUUUCUUUAUUCUAGCUCUUCAGGUUAUGGUAAUUCUGGCUUGGAAUGGAGGCUCGCUGGGAAAUAUUUUUGAUCCUGUUGUUUUCAAGAAGAUUCUGAGCAUAUUUAUUACUUCUGCUAUUCUAAAUCUCGGGCAAGCUACACUUGAUAUAAUCUUUAAUUGGAAGGCCAGGAGAACAAUGGAAUUUGCAGUUAAACUGAGAUAUGUUCUAAAGUUCACACUAGCAGCCUUGUGGGUAGUAUUACUGCCGGUUACAUAUGCAUACACCUGGGAGAAUCCAACAGGAAUUAUCAGGGCCAUCAAAGGCUGGUUUGGAAAUGGUCAAAACCACCCAUCACUCUUUGUCCUUGCAGUAGUUAUAUAUUUGUCUCCCAGUUUGCUAGCUGCUAUUCUUUUUCUUCUCCCAUUUCUACGGCGUAUACUUGAAAGUUCAGACUACAAGUUUGUGAGGUUCGUCAUGUGGUGGUCACAGCCUCGUCUAUUUGUUGGUAGGGGAAUGCAUGAAAGUGCCUUCUCACUUUUCAUGUACACCAUGUUUUGGAUUGCUCUUCUUUUGAUAAAGUUUGCAUUUAGCUAUUAUGUGGAGAUCAAGCCUCUUGUCGAACCUACCAAGGAUAUCAUGAAGUUACCUAUACACACUUUUCAGUGGCAUGAGUUUUUCCCAAAAGCGAACGGAAACAUUGGUGUCGUGAUUGCGCUUUGGGCUCCAAUCAUUUUGGUCUAUUUCAUGGAUACACAAAUUUGGUAUACAAUCUUCUCGACACUGCUUGGUGGAAUUUAUGGUGCUUUCCAACGACUUGGAGAGAUCCGCACCCUAGGAAUGCUGCGAUCUCGCUUUGGUUCAAUACCUUUAGCCUUUAAUGCCUGUCUAAUUCCGGCUGAAGAAUCUGAUGCAAAAAGGAAGAAGGGUCUAAAGUCUUAUUUGCACAGUCGUUUUGAGAGGAAGCACACAGACAAGGAGAAGAUAGCCGCAAGAUUUGCACAGAUGUGGAACGAAAUUAUCACGAGCUUUCGAGAAGAGGACCUUAUAAAUAACAAGGAGAAGGAGCUGCUGCUUGUUCCGUAUGUGGCUGAUCAGGCUCUUGAGAUUAUGCAGUGGCCUCCUUUUUUGCUUGCCAGCAAGAUCCCCAUAGCUGUUGACAUGGCUAAAGAUAGCAAUGGCAAAGACCGUGACCUGAAAAAGAGGCUUGAGAACGACUAUUAUUUUAAAUGUGCAAUUGAAGAAUGCUAUGCAUCAUUUAAAAAUAUCAUCAAGGAUCUUGUACAAGGUGAACCAGAGAAAAGGGUCAUAAAUACUAUAUUUGCAGAAGUUGAAAAGUAUAUUGCUGAUGACAAAGUUAUUACUGAUUUGAAUAUGCACGCUUUGCCAGAUCUUUACAAUAAGUUUGUUGAAUUGGUAAAAUAUUUGGAGAAGAAUGAUAAGAAUGAUAGGGAUGCUGUAAUAAAGAUUUUUCAAGAUAUGCUGGAGGUUGUAACAAGAGAUAUAAUGGAAGACCAACUUUCUAGUAUUUUGGAGUCAAGUCAUGGUGGUUCAUACCAAAGGCCUGAAGGCACAACGACAUGGGAUCAAGAAUAUCAGUUAUUUCAACCGGCUGGAGCUAUCAAGUUUCCCGUACAAUUCACAGAUGCCUGGAUAGAGAAGAUAAAAAGGCUGGAACUGUUACUCACUGUGAAAGAGUCUGCUAUGGAUGUCCCCUCAAAUCUGGAGGCUAGAAGGCGUCUUACCUUUUUCACCAAUUCUUUGUUUAUGGACAUGCCUGAUGCUCCCAAAGUCAGAAACAUGCUUUCAUUUUCCGCGUUGACCCCGUAUUACAAUGAACCUGUUCUUUUUUCGAUAAAAGAGCUGCAGGAGGAAAAUGAGGAUGGAGUUUCCACCCUAUUCUACCUACAGAAAAUUUACCCAGAUGAAUGGAAGAACUUUCAGCAAAGGGUUGAAUGGGAUGAGGAACUUAAAGAGAAUGAAGACAAGAAUGAGGAGCUUCGUCUGUGGGCUUCAUACAGAGGGCAAACAUUAGCUCGAACAGUUAGGGGAAUGAUGUACUACCGAAAAGCUUUGGUUCUUGAAGCAUUUCUAGAUAUGGCCAAACAUGAAGAUCUCAUGGAAGGGUAUAAAGCAGUUGAGUCAACUGAUGAACAAUGGAAGUUACAGCGGUCCUUGUUUGCGCAAUGUGAAGCAGUGGCUGAUAUGAAGUUUACCUAUGUGGUAUCAUGCCAGCAAUAUGGAAAUGACAAGCGUGCUGCUCUUCCUAAUGCCCAAGACAUAUUACAGCUGAUGAGAACGUACCCUUCUCUUCGUGUAGCAUAUAUCGAUCAGGUCGAAGAUAGAGUGGAAGAAAAGAAAAUGGAGCCAGCUUAUUACUCAACUUUGGUAAAGGUUGCUCUAACUAAGGAUUCUGAAUCUACAGAUCCAGUUCAAAAUCUUGAUCAGGUUAUCUACCGGAUAAAACUUCCAGGACCUGCAAUGUUGGGAGAAGGAAAGCCUGAAAAUCAAAAUCAUGCAAUAAUCUUCACCCGUGGUGAAGGCCUGCAAACCAUAGACAUGAACCAGGAUAACUAUAUGGAAGAAGCACUUAAAAUGAGAAAUUUGCUUCAAGAGUUCCUUACAGAACAUGGAGUUCGGCGCCCAUCUAUACUUGGAGUUAGGGAACAUAUUUUUACUGGCAGUGUCUCUUCUCUCGCAUGGUUUAUGUCCAAUCAGGAGCAUAGUUUUGUGACUAUUGGGCAACGGCUGCUUGCAAACCCUCUGAAGGUUCGAUUCCACUAUGGCCAUCCUGACGUAUUUGAUAGGAUUUUUCAUCUAACAAGAGGUGGUGUCAGUAAGGCAUCAAGGAGUAUCAACUUGAGCGAAGAUAUUUUUGCAGGCUAUAAUUCAACUCUCCGUGGAGGAAAUAUAACACAUCAUGAAUAUGUGCAAGUUGGUAAAGGAAGAGAUGUAGGGUUAAACCAGAUCUCUAAGUUUGAGGCUAAGGUGGCCAAUGGAAAUGGAGAGCAGACUCUUAGCCGUGAUAUCUACCGGCUUGGACACCGCUUCGAUUUCUUCAGAAUGCUUUCAUGCUACUUCACUACUGUGGGAUUUUAUUUCAGUACUCUGCUGACAGUUGUCACAGUUUAUGUAUUUCUGUAUGGACGCCUUUAUCUUGCUCUCAGUGGACUUGAAGAAGGGCUUUUAACACAAAGGAGAUACAUUCAUAACCACCCCCUUCAGGUUGCUCUUGCCUCACAAUCUCUGGUUCAGCUAGGUUUUCUGAUGGCCCUGCCCAUGAUGAUGGAAAUUGGCCUUGAAAAAGGAUUUGGUCAAGCACUAAGUGAAUUUAUCAUGAUGAACUUGCAAUUGGCAGCUGUGUUCUUUACGUUUUCACUUGGCACUAAGACUCACUACUAUGGACGAAUGUUGCUCCAUGGAGGUGCUCAGUACAGAGCUACUGGUAGGGGCUUUGUUGUCUUUCAUGCUAAGUUUGCAGAGAAUUACAGGCUUUAUUCUCGCAGUCACUUUGUUAAAGGCAUUGAGUUGUUGAUUCUGCUCAUCAUUUACCAACUAUUUGGUCAAUCUUACCGCUCAACCAUUGCCUAUAUUUUUGUUACAUUCUCUAUGUGGUUCCUAGUGUUGACAUGGCUUUUUGCACCCUUCCUGUUCAAUCCAUCGGGAUUUGAGUGGACGAAAAUUGUGGAUGAUUGGUCUGAUUGGAAUAAGUGGAUCAGCAAUCGUGGUGGCAUUGGGGUGUCACCAGACAAGAGUUGGGAAUCCUGGUGGGAGAUCGAGCUAGAGCAUUUGAAAUAUUCUGGGACAAUUGGACUUUUUGUUGAGAUAAUUUUGUCCCUGAGGUUUUUCAUAUACCAGUAUGGCCUUGUUUACCACUUAAAUAUCACAGGCGACAAAAGUAUAUUGGUAUAUUUAAUUUCGUGGCUCGUGAUUUUGGUGGUAUUGCUUGUUAUGAAGACUGUAUCUGUCGGAAGGCGGAGAUUUAGUGCGGAUUUUCAGCUAUUUUUCCGUCUGAUUAAGUUUAUGAUAUUUGUUUCGUUCAUCGCCAUCUUGAUUGUACUGAUAGCAAUACUUCAUAUGACCUUACGAGAUAUAUUUGUGUGCUUUCUGGCAUUCUUACCUUCCGGAUGGGGAAUAUUGCUGAUUGCACAAGCUUGCAAGCCUCUUGCUCGGCGAGCAGGGCUAUGGGGAUCUGUUCGUGCCCUUGCUCGGGCAUACGAGAUAAUUAUGGGAGUUCUUCUCUUUACACCAAUUACUAUUUUGGCAUGGUUUCCCUUUGUGUCCGAGUUUCAGACACGGAUGCUAUUUAAUCAAGCGUUCAGUAGAGGACUGCAAAUCUCUCGGAUUCUUGGUGGUCAGAAGAAGGAGCGGGAGCGGUCCUCUCGCAACAAGGACUGA